CAAAUUGUAUUAAAAAUAAAUUUUUAAACAAAAUUAUAUACCCAGCAAAUACUUUGCCCAAAAAGUGUGAGAUAAAUAUUUAGAAAAAUAUUUAAAGCAGUUUAGCUAGAGAAGUUCUUUUGGUGACUUUGCUGCGUUUAGCGCGUGGAAAGUCCGUGCAAAGUGUAUUCCAGCGGUUAUUCCACGUGUUCCGAUCCAGCCGCCAAAAUUAUUACGCACAAUUCUCUGAGCGUGUACGGUGGCGGCGUCAUGUGCGCCUCACCGUCCACGGCUCCCGGCUUCUUCAAUCCGCGGCCGCAGACCGGCGCCGAGCUGUCGCCCUUCGAUCUGGGGCUGUCGCGCUCCAUGACGCUGGGCGUGCCGCCGCACAGUGCAUGGCAUGAUCCCAAUUUGAGUGGCCAUCUGCACGCCUCGGCCGGACCCGGCUCGCUGGCGGGCACCAACACAAGUGCUGGCGGCAAUGGCGGUGGCACCACGCCCAGCAGCGUGGCCAGCCAGCAGUCGUCGGGCAUCAAGCAGGAUCUGUCCGGCUUGACCGCCUCCACGGCGAACCUCAACCAAAGCGCGCAUCAUGUCAUCAAGGAGGAUCUCUCCAGUUUGCCCAGCGCCAAUGGCAGUGGCUCCACAUCCGGCCAUCACACAAGCGGCGGCCAAUCCGGCCAUGGCUCAGUGGACCUGCUGCCCGUCAUCAAGGGCUCACAGUCGGCCAGCUGCUUGGGCAGUUCGGCAGGCGUCAACAACGGCGGCAGCAUCACGCCCAGCUCCCAGGCCAACAGCUCCCACUCACAGAGCAGCAACAGCGGCUCCCAAAUCGAUACCAAACCGAACAUCGAGUGCGUCGUCUGCGGCGACAAGAGCUCCGGCAAGCACUACGGACAAUUUACCUGUGAAGGCUGCAAGUCGUUCUUCAAGCGCUCCGUGCGGCGCAAUCUAACAUAUUCGUGUCGGGGCAGCAGAAGCUGUCCCAUAGAUCAGCAUCAUCGCAAUCAAUGCCAAUAUUGUCGCUUGAAAAAGUGCCUCAAAAUGGGCAUGCGACGUGAAGCUGUUCAACGUGGCCGCGUGCCGCCCACACAGCCCGGCCUAGCUGGCAUGCACGGCCAGUAUCAAUUGGCCAAUGGCGAUCCAAUGGGCAUGGCCGGUUUCAAUGGGCAUUCGUACCUCAGUUCCUACAUCUCGCUGCUGCUGCGCGCCGAGCCGUAUCCAACAUCCCGCUACGGCCAGUGCCUGCAGCCCAACAAUAUUAUGGGCAUUGACAACAUCUGUGAGCUGGCUGCAAGGCUGCUCUUCUCCGCAGUUGAAUGGGCCAAGAAUAUACCCUUCUUUCCGGAGCUCCAGGUUACCGAUCAGGUGGCAUUGCUGCGUCUUGUCUGGUCGGAGCUGUUCGUCCUGAAUGCCAGCCAAUGCUCGAUGCCACUGCAUGUGGCGCCGUUGCUAGCUGCUGCGGGUCUGCACGCCUCACCGAUGGCAGCGGAUCGUGUGGUUGCAUUCAUGGAUCACAUACGCAUCUUCCAGGAGCAGGUGGAGAAGCUGAAGGCGCUGCAUGUCGACUCGGCCGAAUACUCCUGCCUCAAGGCAAUUGUGCUCUUCACCACCGGUAAGUUGCUGGACAUCCUAUACAAGGAUGUGCCCGCACUGCUAACCAAAGUUUCAGCACUGCUUGGCAAGCGUGUGGAUGCUGGCAGUUCCAGCGAUUGUAGCAAUGAUGAUGUGAUGGCCGUGGUGCGUGAACAUCUCGAUGAGCUGAAUCGCUUGGAGCUUAAAACGCAGCUGCAGCAAGCGCCAAUCCAUUUGGCGACCUUCAUGAAGAGCGUGGCGGGCGUUGAGGCUGCUGUGCAGCAGGCAGAGCAGCAACAGCAACAGUACCAGCAGCAGCAACCGUCGCUGACUUCCAGCCAACUUAAGACCGAUCCAGGUGCUGCUGCUCAUGCUUUGCCCGUUGUGCCCUCUGCCGGCAGCGCAUUCAGCAGCUGUGCCAAGCCCAGUGCCAAUGCUAAUGCUGAAGUCGAUCUGCUGGCCGCGCUGUACGCCAGCUCCAAUGGCACCGGCGGCGGUGGCGGUAGCGGCGGCGAUUCGAGCGGCAAUAGCAGCGGCCUGGGCGCCUCGCUGCCCACACAACCUUCUCACAGCGCCUCAUCCACACACAGUGCCAGUGCCUCACACUCUGUAUCCGCAUCCGCAUCCGCAUCCGCUGUUGCCCCCGUCACGAGCAGCUCGCUGGCUGGAGCAUAUCAGACGCCGGCGGGCAUGUUCUAUCAGACGCCGCCGCGCAGCGCCUUUGGCUCGGCCUUUGAUAUGUUCCAUCACAGCACACCGUUCGGCGUCAGCCAUGCGGCGGCGGCAGCGGCUGCAGCGGCCGCUCACAGCGGCAGCGGCGCCAACUUCGGUAGUCCCAGCUAUAGAUAUUCGCCAUAUAGCCUAGCGGGCAGUAGAUGGCAGUUGUAGACCCGAAGCCCUA